UUCCUUGAAGAAAUAUAUAAUUUAAAGAGUACUGAAGACGUCGUUAAUAGAAUAGCUUGAGAACUGAGGAAAAUGGAAUCCCGAAAAAAGAAGCAUGAACACAUUUUGAGCUACGAAAAGAUCUUAUGUGAAGAAGAACUUUUCAAGCACAGAAAGCCAUAUGAUAAGACUGUCCCUCAGAGGGGAGGUGACAAAGACUUCUCCCCAGAUGAUUCUUGGCUGCAAGCUAAAAGACUAGAAAAAUUCUAUGAAGAGAGGAAAACUGUGUUAGCAGAGCCAAGGGUAGAAAGAAUAGGAAGUCUUGUGACAGGGGAAUGGAAUCCAGAUAUCCAGUUAGUGGAACUUCACAAAGAAAUGGGUAAAUUUUGGUCCACUAUGGGAUUUACAGACAAGAGCAAAAAAUGGUUAUACCCAGAGGAGGCAUUAUUUCUAAUGGAAACAAACACUCUUGAAGUUUGGUAUAAAGGUUUACCUGUCAGCAUUCAACAGGCCUAUACUGAGUUUCUGAAGAAUCUUAAGUUUGAAGAGUAUCUGGUCUAUGCUCAUCUCAGAAGAAUUGGAUAUGUUGUUCUCCGCCAUAAUGGGAGGUUGUUGAGUACAAAGUAUGAAAGAAUGAUUAAACUUGACAAACACAUAAAUUUAAAAAAGAGAAAGAUGAAAAUGAAACAGCAGUCUGUCUUCGUGGAAAAUGUACAACAGGAUAGCACUCCACAGAAGAAAGUCAGGCUGGGAAAUAGCACAGACUCAGUAGAAAAUUGUUCAGUUGAAAUGCAGGUUGAUAGAGACACUGUAACUACAGGCGGAUUGUCUAGAGAAAAUGGAAAGUCUUGUUCACAAGGAUCAUAUCAGUUAAGCCAGAGGGAUUGUCUGAACAAAGAUGAAUGCUUCAGAACUAUUUGUAAGGAGUCUUGGAAUAAAAAAGAAGGAAAAAUAAAUCAAUCAGAAGAUAUCCAUUUCAGUAGGAACAAACAGACAAAUGUUGAAAGGAAAACUGAUUCUGAAUAUUUGAAUGAGGGAGAAAACUCUAAACAGACCAAAUACAGUGAGUGGAAUUUUGAGGAGAUAAGAUUUCCGGAUAUUGGUGUUCCUGGGGAUAUACAGCUUAAAGGAGGGAUUUCACAGAAGUAUUUACCCAAAGGAAUUCCUCCUUUGUCGUGCGAGAAGAUCAACAAAGAACAAUUAAAACAGAAACAGAAAUCCCAGAGGAGAAAAGAGACUAAGAUCAGGUAUGGUCAAGAUCUAGACACGAUGGAUCUUAACUUUUCAUGUGAUGUCUCUCAGCCUGUCAAGAAAGUUAGUGCUUCCAACUGGAAAGAGUACAAAGAGAGAUUAUUGGAAUCAUUGGAACAUAACAGUUUUAAAUCUCCUGUAAAACAUUUUUGGACAGAUGGAGUUGUCCCCCUUAUCAGACCAGAAGAGGCUAUAAAUACAUUUUCAGUGUUAAAGAAGUUACAAGUCAUACCACAGUGGGAAGGAAACUCAGGGGUUACGAGCAAUACAGACACUAAGAAGGAUUUCCCCAAAGUUUCCUAUGAUGUUUACAAGCCUGAUGCAAAGUUCAGAAAAUCUAGUCCUGGAGUUCCUGACCAUAGAGUCUGCAUUGUCAGGAGUGAAGAAGACCCACCUUCUUUAUCAAGCAUUACAUCUCUGUAUAGUUACUAUGACGAUGAGGUUCCACUUCACUGGGCAGUAGUGGAUGAUGGAGAAAUCGCAUUCUAUUCUUUUGAUAAUGUAUCAUUUCCUACUCAAAUCUUUAAGGGUUAAAUUCUGUAACUGAAAAAAACAGGAGUAUACAUGUAUGUAUGUUAAAUGAAAUAAAUAUUGUUGAUUCUCUUA